AUUAACCCAUGAGGGCCGAUCACACAGAGACGCAUUGCUGUAUCUCUCUCACAGUCCAACAGCUAGAACAAGAUGGCCUGUUUGAGCUGCUGUCCUUUGUGUUUUUUGCGUCGCAGAUCCUGAAGCGUGGUUGCCACGUGAACGACCGCGACGGUUUGACCGACAUGACGCUGCUUCACUACAGCUGUAAGGCCGGAGCACACGGAGUUGGCGACCCGGCGGCCGCGCUGCGACUCAGCAGCCAGCUGAUCGCUCUGGGCGCCGAUGUGAGUCUGAGGAGCCGCUGGACCAACAUGAACGCCCUGCACUACGCCGCUUAUUUCGACGUCCCAGAACUGAUCCGAGUCCUGCUCAAGGCCUCUAAACCCAGAGUGUUGAACUCCACAUGCAGUGAUUUCCACUACGGUACGGCUCUUCACAUCGCCGCCUCCAACCUCUGUCUGGGUGCAGUCAAAUGUCUGCUAGAGCACGGAGCCAACCCCACAGUGCGGAACGAUAAGGGCCUGGUCCCAGGAGACGUGGUUCCCGACCCGAUGGACAUGAGUCUGGACAAGGCGGAGGCCGCCAUGGUGGCGAAAGAGCUGAAGCAGCUGCUGCUGGACGCCGUCCCUCUGAGCUGUAACCUUCCCAGAGCCACGCUGCCCAACUAUGACAACAUCCCAGGAAACCUGAUGCUGACCUCACUGGGGCUGAAGCUGGGAGAGCGCGUGAUGCUGGACGACAUGAAGCUCCAGAGAGACCAGAGCAGAGACGACAGCCCGGCGGCAAACCUCAAACAGGCCGGCACUCUAAGGUUUUGUGGUACUACGGAGUUCGCCAGCGGUCAGUGGGUCGGCGUGGAGCUUGACGAGCCGGAGGGAAAAAACGACGGCAGCGUGGGCGGCGUCCGCUACUUCAUCUGCCCUCCUAAGCUAGGGAUUUUUGCCCCGGUGUCAAAGAUUUCCAAGGCUGUGGAUCAGGCACCUUCAUCGGUCACAUCCACCCCCCGAACCCCCCGCAUAGACCUGGCCUCCCGCCUGGCUGGGAAGACCAAGAAGGAGAAAGAGAAGAAGGAGAAGGAGAGAGAGNNAGCCCAGAAGAAGAAGUUGUCAGUAGCCAGUCUGGAUCCAGAGGGCCUGAACGUGGAAGUUGGGGAUCAGGUUCUGGUGGCUGGACAGAAAAACGGCAUCGUCCGCUUCUAUGGCAAGACGGACUUCGCUCCAGGUUACUGGUUUGGUAUUGAGCUGGAUCAGCCGACAGGGAAACACGACGGCUCGGUGUUUGGAGUCCGGUACUUCAGCUGCCUGCCCAAAUAUGGAGUGUUUGCUCCGCCCUCACGCGUCCAGAGAAUCGGAGGUCCUAAAGACGGCUCACAGAAUGACAAAUCCAUGGUGAAGAAAGUCCACCAAGUCACCAUGUCGCAGCCCAAGCGUAACUUCAACACGAUGCGUUCUCCUAAAGACCUGACCUCCGAGAGCUCCAUAUCCAGGUUGCUUUUCUGCUGUUGGUUUCCGUGGAUGCUGCGUGCUGAGAUGCAGUCCUAACCACGCCCUCCUUCUUCCUCCUCUUCUUCCUCCACCACAAGAUCAAUCUCUCUGCUCUUCUUCUGUCUCUUCAUCUUUUACUUUGACUUCCCUCUCUUUCACUCUCUCUCUCGUCAGUCUCUUCAGACUAUUGCCGUCGUCAGUCAAACUUCUCGUAUUAAAAUCCCACCUCCUCCUCCUCCUCCUCCUCCUCCUCUUCUUCUCUCUCUCUUACUCUCAGCCCAGAUCCCUCUGAUUUAGCCGUUCUAUAGCAAAAUCUAUAGUGCCUUGUAUCCGAUCAAAACGUCCUUUAACUGAAACUGAGAAUCCAGCUCUGCUAAAGCAAUUCCCCCGAAAAUAUUCUCCUUACCACUUUAUCAUUUCUCAUCUCAUUGUCCCAGCUCUGUGUUAGUCCAUGUUUUGUCUUCAUUUGGGGCUGUUCAGUUUCUCUAAGGAUAACAACAACCACGUAACUUCAGUUUGUGCUGCUGCUCGAUUUGGGUCUUGCCAGAUUUUUAAAAACGAACGCCAAAGGUUGGCAGCAGCUAACUUAAAGACCAGGUGAAACAUCGGAGUGUAUCAAGCAGUUUGGUGGUUGUGUUGGACCCAGAUCUGGCAUACUUCAUUUAACGGCUGCUGUUCUCUCUUGUGUCGGGACUGCCUCUCCACCCGGGAGGCUCUUUAAGACACCUCAACUGUGGAAAAACGUGGCUCUAUAUGAGGGACGCACAGGCACGAAAUUCUCUGUUUGACGUUGGUUUGAGCGCGUUUCGCAGCCGGAGAGGUAGUUUCUCCACUCAGAGAACCACGGUUACACAUGUAACAUUAAGAUCUCAAUCCUACAAAUCCCGUGUGAAGAACUUUUAUCACCUGCAUGCUUUAAUCUCAGAUGUCAAACUGAAAACAGGGUUAACCAACUGCUGACUUACUUGUAUUUUAUCAUAGUGUUACAGUCAGUUAUAUUUUUUUAUCUUUCAGAUAUAUGAAACGGGCAUAAUUUAACUGUCGGGAUGUGAGAUAAUCUGUGAAAUGUCUCCUGUUGCAUACAGGGGGAACGUGGCUUUGGAGUUAAUGUGGAUUAUUUAACUGUACAGUUUAAAAGUUAAAGUGUGUAUUUAAGUUGUUGCCCUUUCACAACAAGUCUGAACACGCAGAAAAAAAACUGGAUUUUUCCUUCAUUACUUUGAAAAAGAAAAAAGAUCCAGUUAAUUUAGUCUUCAGUAUAGUUAUAGUGACUGAACGCCUUAGGAUAACUGUCAUUAUUAAUCAGUGCAUUGCCAAAUACAAACAUUAGUGCAUCUAGUUAGAGUUAAAAUACAGUAUAUUAUAGAAAUCUAGCUGCAAUCGUAAUCUGUUGUUAACCAAAAGUGCUAACAGACCCAAAACGAUGACGUUCCUUUGAUGCAACUUUAAAAUCAAAGUGUUUUCAGCCCCAUUACAUGUUGAUAUUAAAGUCUUUGUGUUGCUAAUGUCUGAAAAUAAGCUUCAUUUAAAGUCAAUAUCAGCUUUAAAACAACACUUAAUCAGUUUAGAGUUGAAUAUUUGUUUACGAUAAUCAGUUGUACAGUCCCUUCAUCAAAUAUCCAUAUCCUCCAUCUUGAGGUUUUUGAUUUCCUUACAUAGAAAUUUAAACCCUGGAUAAGCUCUCCACAGAGAGUUCAUGAUAUUUGUAAAAGUGUUCCUCUCUGCUUCUCUUCCCCCUCUUCUCUCAACCCUCUUUCUCCAGUUAAAUAAGAUUUAAGUUAAUUUUGUGAAUGUGAGCAUCUGCGAAAAAGACAAAACACAAGUUAAUCUAAACUUACAUGUGUGCUUAAUGUUAAAAUCUCUCUCCAAGUAUGUGCAUAACUUAAAACAGCAAUAUGUAAACAGUGUACCUAUCUCUGUGUGGAAAUGGUUCCUGUGUUAACUUUUCUUUACACUCUGUAAGCACACUAAUACAGAGAGAUGAACACACUCACACUCUGAUGGCCAAGGCUGCUGGAAAACUAAACAAACUACAAACGCUUUCAGGUUGAGAAAAAUACCAGACAAACAAAAGCAAUCAGUGCGUGGAGGUACAAUAACACCGUAGUGAUUGGUAGGUUCACAAAUUCAAGAGCCAGUGUGAUGUUCUGUUGUGAUUUUUCACUUUUUUUUUUAAAGAAGAUUGGACAAUCCGAAGUUAGUCUUUCAAAUAUAGUCCAAAGUGUGUAAUAGACCCACCGAUCCACUACAAAGGUGCAGUACCAGCAGUAGUAUAAAGAGCCACAAGUCAAUGUUGAUUUUGUCAGGUGUGAGUAGUUUUACUGCCUAAACGUAACUGUAACUCACGUUUGGAAAUCUAUUUCAAUAGUUUUACUGGUCAAAUCUUCAGUUUCUGACUAUGGCUUGUUUAUUCAGACAGACAUGAGUUUGUUUUACAACUCCAGAAAGACUUGAUUAUACUUGAAUUUUGUAUUUUUUGGACGUAAAACGUAGAGCUCUAAGAGAUCUAAGAUGUUACCCGAGCUGUAAAACUUUAUCUUUGUCUGUCUGUGAUUUCUAAUCUGAUUAUACCUUUGAUAGAAUUUGGGGUUUUAAGAUUUAAUCAUUCCAGUUAUGACUGGUUUGGACUUGAAAUUGGUUCUUGAAUUUUGAAAUCCACCAGACUCUAAAGCUGGUCAGUAACUUGAGACUGACAUUAAAGAACCAGCGAACUGAAGUUUCUUGUUGGUUUGCUGAGGAUUUCUCUCACUCUUUGAGCUCUGCAGCCUCGGCUAAAGGAAACACUUUGUGGUUGCUCCUGUACACCACUGUUGAUAACUGUUAUUUUUGUGCCCGUGGAAUCAGCUUCAACAUUAUACUAACGAUAACUACAGCGCUUACACUCAUCAGGUGUUCAGUUUAGCUCAACCAGCUGCAGAGUUUAGUCGGACUAAAGCUUUUCAUUCUUGCUUAAAUUCUAAGCUUAGCUCUGAGUGCCAAAGAGACAGCAAAAGGUAAAAUGGUGAAAACAGUACUUCACCAAACUCUUAAGCUUUGUUACAAGUUGUAGGUUGAGUUAUGUGAACAGAGCGCUGAUCAGUUCAGCAUUUUGAACAGAAACUCCUGCCCUGGUAGCACUUUGGAUAUGGUGCAUUUUGGCCUGACAGUUAGCUGUUUUAAUCAGUUUGUUAAACAGCUGAAUGAAAGAACAGAAAUGGAAAAGGCUUGGUCACUUAGCAAAUCCAGGGUUUCCUGGAAAACUAGAAUUUGGUAAAGUAGCUUUCCAGGCAAGAUCAUCUCCUUAAAAAUGUAAGAAAUAACCAGAAUUUCCUGAAAACUACAAUCUGUCCUUGAACAUUGCAACAAAUUUCGAUCAGGUUGCUAGAACCUCACAAUUGGCCAACAGUUAUUGUUGCAUGAUGUCCCUGCUAAUUCCAGCUUUUGUUCAGGGGUGAGUUGAAGUUUCAAACCCGAUUAAAACCAAGAAAUCCAGAUUUUGUACAUCUUUACUCAACUGAAAUCAGACUUCAACUCCACUUUAAGCCACUGUUCUGGGAGUCAGUUGCUUGACAAUGUGAGAACUCUGAUGUCACAAUAUGCAGAUGACUCACUGCUUUACCUUCCUACAUUCAUGCCGUUAGCUACCUUCCCCUGCUAUCCCAUCCAAACCUGAACAAAAGAGCAUGAUGAACUAAAGUAACUCUACAUGUUGUAGUUUACAUCUGUUUAUAAUUUCACUCAAAGGAAAUGUUUUGCUGCCGCAGCAUCGCUGUUCUUUGCUAAAGCUUCACAGAGUCAGGAUUUGCUGACUCUUUCAUAUAGGUGAACAUACAGUAGACGUCAGUGGACCACAGUGAUGGUGAGGUUUGUCUUUGUACAGUAAACGUACAGUACAGUCAAUAUGUCCCAGUGAAGCCUCUUGGUAUGAACAUAGUGUUCUUACUGCUGUGUAAAUGUGGAGCUUUCUCUAGUUUGGCCACUAAGUGUCACUAGUGAGUCACCGGUUAAUCAUCUCACAAUAAACAAGAUGUUACAUAAUCUUUUCUCAUUACAUAUUCUCUAUUUGUUUGGCACCAUUUGAAGGACUAAACUGGUUUUACCUGUUUUAGCUUUUUAACUACAAAUUACUGUACGUAUACUUACUUCCUGCCGACUGAUAUCCAAAGCCUUCCUUUGGUUUUUAGAGUAAUUUUGCGUGUUAACAAAACACCUUUUUAGCUUCUUGUGUCAUUUCACAGUAGGUAAUUACUGUAACUGAACUUAAGUACGUACAUAAGUUAAUUAAACUACAACACUUACUGUAAGUGUGUAACUUAACUGAACUUAAGUAAGGAACUUUAGUGAUGUAAUUAAUGUCACUAAACUUAACAAACUAUUUCACAAUGUCACCCGACAACCUGUUGUUACCACAACGACGGCCACCUGACUUCGGCUUAAAUUACUUUCAAUGAGUUAAAAAACAUACGAGAAACAUCCUUAAAAGUGGCGUGCUAUUUAUAUCUUGGCAUACGAUGGCAGAAGGAAGGAGAUCAAUCAAAAACUAAUGGAUGGUUUUGGAAAACGAUCAGCAGGAAUGUGUUUGUAAUUUGUAGUCGACUGGCUGAAACACUCGCUGGUUUUAUCCUUUAAAUGCUCUAUAAUCGAUCGGUGUACGUGUCUGAGAAUAUAAUGUUGAACUCAUUCUCAUAGAAACUAACUCAGCACUGGUUGUUUUAACAUUAAUAAGUCUUAAGAAUAUACAGUAUAUAGCCUAUAUUUUGAUAACUUCACUAAGUGUACUUUAUGUUCUCCGGUUUUGUAGUGUGUGUGUGUGUUACUUUGUGCUCGGUUACAGUUCAUGUUUGUGAGUAACUCCUGUUUUAAAAGUGUGUGAAACUGACGGACGUUAAAGGGGAAACUGAACGAGUGUCGGACGUCCUCAUCCUGACAGAUACUCACUGCAUGCUCUCUCUCUCUCUGUAACUUUUUCUCAGUAUUUUCUGAUUUGGGUUUUUUCAAUAUGUGUAUCUUCUUCUCAUCAGCAUGGAAGUGCUUCUAAUAAUAACAGUGACGACUCUAUGAAUAUAAUAAAGAAUUUGGUGUUGUUUUUCUACUUCUCCUGUCCAUUGCUAAUUACACAAACAAUAAGGUAUAUAAUGGAGAUAAUAAUGUCUGACUAACAUGGUUUCCUACUAUAUAAUGUAUAUGUGAUUUCAAGUACAUAGCUUAUUAUCUAUUAUCACUCCCAAAAACACAAAUCAGUUUCAGCAUAAUGUGUAAUACGUUUGCUGUGUUCAUUUGCUUCGUGUGAUCAACAUUUAGUCUUACUUUAGGGUUAUAUAUAUGAAAUUUACUUGCCACUAGAUGUCGCAC